AUGGUGCUCCUGACCUUGGCCACCCUGGCCGCCGGUGCCGCUGGUGCCGGUGUGACAUGGAGCAGGUGUGGCAAGAAAUCACUUGGACGGCAGAUGAAAGGCUUUGCUGAAUCCUUGAUUAGCAAAGCCCUCGCCGGAAGUUCGUGCAAGCUGGGAGGUGUUGACUUCAAGCUUUCCGGCUGUGAGAUGCAGAUCGGAGUGUCAGGCGUGGAAGUCGGAAACUUGCCUCCCUACAAGAGCGAGUCGUUGCUGAAGAUAGCUUCCGUGUAUUUGGCUGUCAACCUGCAGAGUCUGCUGAGAUCAGGUUUCAAGCAGGUCAUCAUAGAGGAGCUUCUUGUGGAUGGCCUGCAGCUCACGGUAGAGAAGAUACAUCUCACCACCAACAACGUGAAGGAGUUGCUUCGCAAAAUCGCGGAGAAAAAGUCUGACCAGUCAGGUGAGGUAGAGCAGCCGACAAACCAAACGAUGAUGGGCGCCUUGCCACAAGGAAUGCCCACACUCAACACAGUGGCUGGCGGUGUGAGCAAUGCCGCAGAUGGCAUGGCGCAGCUUGGCAAGGCAACUGCAACGCGUGUUGCAGCCAUUGGACAGCCUGCCAAGAGACAAGAACCGAAGGAUUCAAUGGUUUGCUUGAAAAAGGUAGAGGUCCGAAGCAUUGUCGUGCACUCGGUGAACGCAAUGAUGUCCGACAACAAGACGGCGAGCCUGUCGUUGAAGGCUCCACCCAUCCGCUUCCUCAACUUCUCCGAGUCCCACGGCGUCCAGAAUGCCGCCGACAUGAUCCAGCUUUUGCUGAGAGAGAUCUUAGGCUCCGCUAGCCGAGUGGUUUCAGAUCUGGCCAAAGACAGCGCAAGCUCUGCAGGAUCGUACCUCGGUGGAGCCGCGAGCACUAUUUCAGAGGCAGCCACUUCGGUAGGUGGCGCACUGGGUGGAGUGGUGAUGUCUUCUGCUGAUUCCGUAUGUGUAUUUUGGAAUUGGCUGUCUCAGCCAGCGCUCCCUUCCAAGUAG